AUGUCCAUUCUUCUUUCUUUUUUUUACAUUUUUCAUUUGCAUAUGUCCAUUUUUCUUUCUUUCUUUCUUUCUUUCUUUCUUUCUUUCUUUCUUUCUUUCUUUCUUUCCAUUUUUGAAUUUUUCUUAUACCGAUUUUCGUGCUUCAAUUCUUUCUUCCUUUCCUUCUGUUCGUUUUUUAUGUUCAUAUGUCCAUUUUUCUUUCAAACUUUAUUUCAUUCUGUCGAUUUUUUGUUUUUGUGCAUUUUCUAUUUCUAUAUCUUUCUAUUUCUUUCUUUAUUUCUGUUAUUUAAUUUUAUAUAUCAACUUUUUUUUCUUUCUCCCUUUCUUUCUUUCUUUCUUUCUUUUUGUUCACUUUUAAUUUCUUAUUUUCAUUUUUUGUGUGCAUUAUUUUUUUUACAUGUGUCCAUUUAUCUUACUUUCUGCCCAUUUUUUUCUUCUUUAUUCUUUCUUUCUUACUAUUUAUUUUUAAUUUUCAGACACCCAUUUUCGUGCUUUCUUUCUUUUUUCUCUCUUUCUUUCUUUCUCUCUUUUCUUUCUUUCUUUCUUUCUAUGUAUUUUUUAAUUUCUUACUUCCAUUUUUCUUUCUGGGCAUUAUUCAUUUACAUAUGUCCAAUAAUUUUUCUUUCUGUACCUUUUUUAUUUGCGUAUAUCCAUCUUUUUUCUUCUUUCUUUCUUUCUUUCUUUCUUUCUUUCCAUUUUUAA